AUGUCCCUGCUCGUGGGCUGCGAGGACGGCUCCGUGCAGCUCUUCCACGUGGUGCCCGGCGGCGUGCAGUACGAGCGCAGCCUCGAGCGGCAGCAGGGACGCGUCCUCUGCCUGGCCUGGCACCCCUCGGGCGCCCGCAUUGCCACCGGCUCCGUCGACCACCUGCGCGUGCUGGACGUCGCGUCAGGCCGCGCCGUGCAGCGCAUCAUGGUGAACUACCACACGCCGAAGGGCAAGGCGCCCGAGUGCGUGGUGUGGAGCGUCGCCUUCCUGGCGAGCGGCGCCGUGGCCAGCGCCGACUCCUUCGGCCGCCUGCAGUUCUGGGACUGGGACACGGGCACGCUGCUGGAGUCGCAUGCCGUGGGCGCCUCCGCCGCGCUCUCGCUGGCCGUGUCCGAGGAGGAGGACAGCAUCGUCGUGGGCACCUCGGCGGGGGCCACCUACCAGUUCCAGCUGCUGCCAGUGAAGAUGGGCAGCCAGGAGAAGCGCUGGGUGCGGACGAAGCCCUUCCAGUACCACACGCACGACGUGCGGGCCGUGGCGCACAGCCCCACGGCGCUCAUCUCCGGAGGCCUGGACGGGCAGCUCGUGAUCCGGCCGCUCAUGGAGCGCGUGCAGAAGAAGGGCUACGAGGCGGUGCUGCGGAAAUUCACCUUCCCGCACCGGCGCCUCGUCUCCUGCGCCAGGAAAGCCCGGCUCCUGCUCUUCCAGUUCUCGCAGCACCUGGAGCUCUGGAGACUUGGCUCYACCAACGAAAGCGGAAAGGACGGCGAGGUCCUCCCCGUGUGCCGUGUGCCCGAGCACCUCGUGCAGCUCAAGAGCAAGGGUCCGGAGCACAUCUACUGCAGCUGCGUUUCGCCCUGCGGCGGCUGGAUCGCCUACUCCACAGCCUCCCGCUUCCACCUCUACCGCGUGCGCUACAAGGGKGAUGGCGUCAGCAUCGAGAAGGUCCCCAACGUGCCCAAGCUGCCGCUCCCGGCCUACCAGCUCCAGUGCUCCGCUGACUCCAGCAGCCUCUUCGUGGCCUCCGAUGAAGGCUCCGUGCACGUGCUGCAGCUCCUGGAGCCGGGUGGCUGCAAACUCCUGCACACGCUUCGCCCRCCCUCAGGGACCCCCGAGGCCGUCUACCUGUUGGCGCCGAGCGCRGACGGGAACUGGCUGGCUGCAGCCAGCGGGGACUGGGAGAUCCACGUCUACAGCCUGAAGCGCUUCAAGCAUCACUGCACAGUGCCCACGUACAGCUGUGCCGUGACUGCCCUUGCCAUCCACCCUGUGACCAACAACCUCGUCAUCGCCUACGCGGACCAGCAGCUGUUCGAGUUCAGCAUCCCCGAGAAGCAGUACACGGCCUGGAGCCGCACGGUGCAGAAUGACGGGCUGCACAAGGCCUGGCUCGAGAGGGACUCGCCCAUCACCCACAUCGCCUUCAACCCCAAGAACCCCUCGCACAUCCUGCUUCACGACGUCUACAUGUUCUGCAUCCUCGACAAGUCCCUGCCCCUGCCCGAUGACAGUGCCUCGCUGAUGAACCAGAGCGCCCUGAAGCAGCUCCCGGCGACGGCCAGGAAGAGACAGCUCCACGCCUUCAAGAUCUGCAAGAAGUUCCAGCCUCUGCUCUUCGCCGAUCUGCUGGACGAGAACUGCCUGGUGAUGGUGGAGCGGCCCAUCAUGGACAUCAAGACCCAGCUGCCACCAGCCAUCCAACAGAAGAAAUUUGGCACCUGAGAGCAGGACAAGCUGCUCCUGCCACACAGACUGUUGCU